AUGCAACUUCAAAUCGUUUCUUUCAUCGGUAUUGUCAUUUCAGUCUUUGCCAAUUUGGUCACUGCUUCACCUGCCAUUACUACAACAGAAAACACGGUCCUCAAGAGAAAAGAUUAUGACGGUGAACAUUUUGGUAUCGCGACUUGGUAUUCUCCUCACAAGAAUGGCGGCCCUCAAGGUGCCUGUUGGGAUACAUACAUUGAUGACGAUUCCGAAAUAGUUGCUCUUAAUGGUCCUCAAUACGGUGAUGAAGAUGAAAUUUCGAAACAUUGUGGGGCCAAGGUAGAAAUUUGGGGCCCUAAGGGUAGUACGAAGGCUACAGUGAUGGAUGUUUGUUCUGAAUGUUCCUGGGGAGAGCUUGAUCUGACCCCCUUACUCUUUGAAAGAGUCGUAGGCGAUUUAGAUAUUGGCGUUGGUGAAAUUAGUUGGAACUUUUAUUAA